AGUGUGCAGCAAAUUAGUCUCUCUCCUUCUUCGACACCGGGUUGCUCCUAUCGACGCCGUGUGUGUUUCCACUCGUCUUCUUCUCCUUCUUCUUCUUCUUGAAUCCCUCUUCUUCUUGGUCUAUAAUUCUCAGAUGGAGCAGCUGAAGACGCUGGGUAGAGAACUUGCAAUGGGGUCGCACGGCCAGUCGAAGGAGUUUCUGGACCUCAUCAAGUCCAUCGGCGAGGCCCGAUCCAAGGCCGAGGAGGACCGCAUCGUCCUCCGCGAGAUCGAAACCCUAAAGCGACGCAUCAACGACGCAGACACGCCCAAGCGCAAGAUGAAGGAGUACAUCAUCCGCCUCCUCUACGUCGAGAUGCUCGGCCACGACGCCUCCUUCGGCUACAUUCACGCCGUCAAGAUGACUCACGACGACGCCCUCCUCCUCAAGCGCACGGGCUACCUCGCCGUCACCCUCUUCCUUAGCGACGACCACGACCUCAUCAUCCUCAUCGUUAACACCAUCCAGAAGGAUCUUGCCUCUGAUAACUACCUCGUCGUCUGCGCCGCCCUCAACGCCGUCUGCCGCCUCAUCAACGAGGAGACCAUUCCCGCUGUCCUACCCCGCGUCGUCGACCUUCUUAACCACCCCAAGGACGCCGUCCGGAAGAAGGCCGUUAUGGCGCUGCAUCGCUUCUACCAGAAAUCUCCCUCCUCCGUUUCCCACCUGUUAACCAAUUUUCGCAAGCGCUUGUGCGAUAACGAUCCCGGAGUCAUGGGCGCUUCUCUUUGCCCUCUCUUUAAUCUCGUCUCCGACGAUGCUAAUUCUUACAAGGAUCUCGUCGUUAGCUUCGUCAACAUUCUUAAGCAGGUUGCAGAACACCGGUUGCCCAAGACUUAUGAUUAUCACCAAAUGCCUGCACCCUUCAUUCAGAUUAAGAUGCUGAAAAUUCUGGCAUUGUUGGGAAGUGGUGACAAGCAGGCUAGUGGACACAUGUACACCGUGCUCGGUGAUAUAAUUAGGAAGAGUGAUUCGAUGACCAACAUAGGGAAUGCUGUUCUCUAUGAGUGCAUAUGCUGUGUUGCUUCUAUAUAUCCCAAUCCUAAGUUAUUAGAGGCUGCAGCGGAUGUGAUUGCCAAAUUUUUGAAGAGUGACAGUCAUAAUCUCAAGUACAUGGGUAUUGAUGCCCUUGGUCGAUUGAUAAAGUUAAGUCCACAAAUUGCAGAACAACACCAACUGGCUGUCAUUGACUGCUUAGAGGACCCUGAUGAUAGUCUGAAACGAAAAACUUUUGAACUGUUAUACAAAAUGACCAAGUCUUCCAAUGUGGAAGUGAUUGUUGAUAGAAUGAUAGAUUACAUGAUUAGCAUAAGUGAUGACCAUUAUAAAACCUAUAUAGCAUCUCGAUGUGUGGAACUUGCUGAGCAAUUUGCACCAAGUAAUCAUUGGUUUAUACAGACCAUGAAUAAAGUUUUUGAGCAUGCUGGAGAUCUUGUUAAUAUUAAAGUGGCACAUAAUUUAAUGCGGUUGAUUGCUGAAGGAUUUGGGGAGGAUGAUGAUGCUGCAGACAGUCAGUUGAGAUCAUCUGCUGUCGAGUCAUAUUUGCGCAUUAUUGGAGAGCCCAAGCUUCCUUCUGUGUUUCUUCAAGUCAUCUGUUGGGUUCUGGGGGAAUAUGGAACAGCCGAUGGAAAGUAUUCUGCUUCAUAUAUCAGUGGAAAGUUAUGUGACAUUGCAGAGGCAUAUUCUAAUGAUGAAAAUGUCAAGGCUUAUGCAAUUUCAGCAUUGAUGAAAAUUUAUGCGUUUGAAGUGGCUGCUAGGAGGAAAGUGGAUAUCCUACCUGAGUGUCAAUCUUUGAUUGAAGAAUUAUUGGCAUCCCAUUCUACAGAUUUGCAGCAACGUGCUUAUGAAUUGCAGGCCCUUAUAGGUUUGGGAGCACAAGCAGUUGAAACAAUAAUGCCAAGAGAUGCAAGUUGUGAAGACAUUGAGGUUGACAAUAAUCUUUCUUUCCUCGAUGGGUAUGUUCAGCAAUCUCUAGAAAGGGGUGCUCAAGCCUAUAUUCCCGAGGAUGAGCGCACUGGAAUGGGGAAUAUGAACGAUUUCAGAAGCCAGGAUCACAAUGAAUCUUUGCAGCAUGGUCUAAGAUUUGAGGCAUAUGAAGUUCCAAAGGCUCCAAUGCAACUGAAAGCUACUCCAGUUUCAUAUGCAUCCUCAGCAGACAUUGUUCCGGUACCUGAGGCACUUUCUUCCAGGGAAACUCACCAUAUUUCAUCAGCGGGAUCAACCUCAGAGGCUGGAUCGUCAGAGCUGAAGCUAAGGCUUGAUGGUGUUCAGAAGAAGUGGGGUAGGCCUACUUAUUCGUCUUCAGCUUCUUCUGCCUCUGAUUCUUAUUCUACAUCCCAAAAGCCAACAAACGGGGCAACACAGGUGGAUGGUGCUACAGCUGUUAAUUCAAAAGUACGCGAUAGCUAUGAUUCAAGAAAGACGCAGGUUGAGAUUACUCCAGAAAAGCAAAAGCUUGCUGCUUCAUUGUUUGGUGGUUCAACUAAACCUGAGAAAAGAUUAUCUACAAGCCAUAAGGUUCCAAAAUCUAAUGCUGCUGUUGUACCCAAUGAGGUAGCUGUGGAAAAAACAAUUCAUCAACCCCCUCCUCCUGAUUUGCUUGACUUGGGUGAAUCAGCUGACACUACAGCUCCUCCCUCUGUGGAUCCAUUCCAGCAACUAGAAGGACUUUAUGACCCAAGCAUUAAUUCUGGAACAGGUCAUAAUGCAGGUGCUACUACAAAUGCCCCUGAUAUUAUGGGAUUGUAUUCGGAGGGCAGUGGUGGCUAUUCUAUACCUGUAAGUGGGAAUAAUGUAAAUCUUUUAUCUGAAUUGUCCAAUCCAGCUGUAAAAGCUACUACUGGAGAAACAAUUACGACGCCUUUGCCCCAAUCUACUAAGGGUCCAAAUGCAAAAGAUUCAUUGGAUAGGGAUGCACUAGUGAGGCAGAUGGGUGUGAACCCCUCAAGUCAGAAUCCUAACUUGUUCAGUGACUUGCUUGGCUAAUCUGUUUACUAAUCCAAUUCCGGGUCAUCAAUGCUUGAAGAUAGAUUGCCUCCCGACUUACUGCUUUGUCGAGUUGCCUGAAACAGUUUGCUGUCUGAUAUACUCUCAAUUGAAUAAUACAAGUUAUUAUCAGGCAUGGAUAAUACGAGUUUCCCCUCAUCUUUGUUGUACCAAAACUGUAUUUUUUUAAGCUUAAUGUGCAGUUUUCCAUGUCCAUAGGAUGUUUUUUCAACAAUGAGAAGUUUGAUACUGCUGCGGUUAAUAAUAAUAUCAGUUUGAUGAUGUGAAUGACAUUUGAAGUUUUUAA